UAUUCGAUAUAUUCUCAGGCGGGGAGAGAUUAUCAGUGGUAUAGACCCUGGCCAUUUCAGUUGAAAUCAAUCCCAGAAUCACCUCGAAUUCAUAAUUAUUCUCCUCUAAUGGCGCUAAAUGUGAUCAGAAAAACCCUAAUUUCCCUAAACCCACUUCAAAUCAAACCCCCCUUUCCCCAAUCUCGCCACCUCAGCUCCGCCGCCGCCGCCGUGGCCUCCUCCGACGACCCAUCAUCGUCAUUCAGCUUCUCUGAAGCUCCUGAAAGCAAGCCGGACAAAGACGAGAGCAUAUACGUGAAGGGGGUGCCCAAAUCGACGCCGUCGUCGUCGGUGACGAUGCCGAUGUCGUUUAUGACGGGGUCGAUAGUGGGGAAGAAGUUUUACAAGAAAGUGAGCACGAGAGAGGCUGAAGAUGGGAAUGGGUGGCAUGUUAUGCUUGAUUAUAGGACUUUGAAGACUCCGUCGAAGCGGCCUCUGAAGUGUCCUAAUCAUUUUCUUGCUAUGGCUAUAGCUGCUGAGUGGGAUUAUCAGCAAGCAGAUGGAAUCAGGCCAUUCACUAUGCCUAUUAUGAAGCUUGCAUGCACUGCUUUGGAAAGAGUUCCUCUCACAAGGUCGAAGAUAAUCGAUCAUUUGAUGCAGAGGUUUCCUCAAGAUUUGGUAUUCUGCCGUGCUCCUGGAGAUAAUGACCUUACUAGUGGUGUCCUUGAACGGCAAGAGGAGAAGAUUGAUCCUUUACUUAAGUGGGUAGAAUCUGAGUUUGGCUUUAAGCCUGUACUAUACUCCAGCUUUUUUGGGGGUAAGCAGGAUGACGGACUUGUGAAUGCAAUUAAGAGCCUCCUCAAAGCAACAAAUGACUGUGAAUUGGCAGCUAUUGAUGCUCUUGCUUCGGCAGCCCACUCUUUAAUUAUUGCCAUUGGAAUCUUUCGUGGGAAAUUGCAGAUUGAUGAAGCCAUCGAAUUAAUCAGACUUGAGGAAGAUUUGCAGGUUGAUAGGUGGGGUCUGGUUGAAGGUGGCCAUGAUCUGGAUGUCGCUGACCUUAAGGUUCAAAUAGCAUCUGCUGUUGUGUUUCUUGGACUUUCAAGAAGAUUUUAAGCACUAUGCAAUUUACCAGUUAUAAUAAAUUAGCCUGUUUAAUUUGCUUCGUUGCAAGUCUGGAAAAGUUGAGAUGCUGAGUACUUGUGCGUCAAGGAAUUUCGUGGCAGCACUUUAAGCACACUGGUGGCUGUUUCUUUAUAUUACAAUAGCAGCAAGAAGUCUCGCAAUUACUGCUGCACCCUAUGACAAGAGAAUCUUGUCAAUUUUGUUGAGAAAUUAUAUAUUUUUUGUUACCUAAUCUGUUCUUUAUGCUAGGUCAUAAAAGAUUUAGUUAAAAACACGUUAACGCAACUUUGUCACAGAAGCCUUUUUAGUUACAUAUCUAAGUUGCUUACCUGUGACAGUUAUGUACUGCGAGGAGUCAAGCGUUUGUGGAUUUAUGAGCAAUGGAAGCCGUGUGCUCGCUUCAACAUCAUUCCCGAGUUGAAGGCAAAUCAUAAAACACAAAGACAAAGCUGCUGGAAACAACUUCAUGAUUGGUUUGGUAGUAACAAUGUGCACUUGAUGUUUGGUAGCUGCUGAGUUGGUUGUGUGUUCUCAUAGAUGAUCUCUAUAUAGUUGGAUUGACAGUUAAAUUUUGUUAUAAAUUGAUAAACUCCUUCCAUAUGACAGGAAUAAAAUUAUAAAUACUGCAAUCUUCUCGUUCA